AUCUACCAAGCAAUGUUGCAGCUUGGGCAGGAGGCUCGCGCGCGCUCCGUGCACCGGAAAGCCUACCAGCCGGGCACGGGCCAGCCGUUCCUGGAGCACCGGGAUGCGGCAGAGCUGCGUGAACAGCGCAGAAGAGAGGAGGCCCGUGCGGCCUCGGUGCCCCCCGAGGUUCCAGCCGAGCUGGCACCAAGCUUCCGCCGCGCGGCUUCCUGUGCUGCAGAGAUCAUGGAGCGACAUUGGGGCGCGCCGGUGCCCGCCGUGCCCAUCCUGCCGGUGCCCCUGCCGCUGCAGGUCGUUUGA